AGAGAGCAGUCCCUCCUGCUCAGCUCCUAGCUAGCCUUGUCAGGAGAGCUGCUCCUCCUGCUGUUGUUUCUUGCCUUCUAAUCCUCCUGUAAAUCUCCUGUAAUCGGGAUGAGAGCUGAGAGCAUGCUGCCUCCUGACAAAUUUAGACCAGCAGCUUCAGGCUGCCUGCUGCCUGACUUAGCAUUCAGUGUCUAUGUAAAGACCUGGAAGGAGGAUUGCAUGGUGGUGGUGAUCCAUCGGACAGCCUAGGCUAAGUGGCUAAGCCAAGCAGAGCGAGGCACACCGUGUGAGGAGGGAGGGAGGAUGGGGUUAGAGCAGGCUAGAGCUCGAGCAGCACGGGUCUGAUGUCACUGGGACUUAGACAGACAAACUCCUCCAAGAGUCCAGAGGAAGAGAGGAACAGAGGAAGAAGAGGGGAUGAUAAUGCUGUGUUGACCCAGGAAGAGAGAGAGGGAGUAAACAGAGGGACAAGAGGACAAUACCCUAUUGGAUAGAGACUUUUUAUGAGAUCCUCCAGGAUGCGGUCAUUAUCAGCAGGGCCGAGGCAGGGUCCUUUCUACCUCCACAGGGUCUGAGCCCAUCCUUCUUGGAGCCGAGGAGGCCUCUUGAUUGGGCGUGAUCCCCUCCUCUUGGGGCUCCUGGAGGUCAAUGCAAUGGCUCAUGCACUAGAUGACCCCCACCUGGGCGCCAGCCCGCCCGAGGACUCUGAACUCUCUCAGAAUGAGUCAGAAACGGCGAGCUUGGUGUCGGAGGACUCUAUCAUGCCAGACUAUGAGAUGGAGCGGGGUGGAGGAGGCACCACCUCUACACUGUAUGAGGCCUGUAACAGGAACGAGGCGCUAACCCUACAGAGGGUUCUGGAGAGGGGGGUUACUAAGGAAGAAGUAAUGGAGCUGGACAUCAACGGCAGGAAUGGCCUGAUGUUGGCUGUCUCCAGAGGCUAUGUGGACAUCGUCUAUGGUCUACACACGUGUCCACUGAUAGAUAUCAACCAUCAGGACAACGAAGGCAGCACAGCAGUGAUGAUCGCUGCCCAGGCCGGCUACAUAUCCAUCCUCAACUUCAUCCUGAACUACUACCCUAAGGUAGACCUGGAGGUGAGGGACAUCAGAGGCUUCACUGCCCUCAUUAAGGCAGCCCUACAGGGCAGGGAGGACUGUGUGUCUUCCCUCAUAAUGGCCGGUGCUGAUAUCAACGUAGUGGACGAUGUCAAAGGGAAAAGCAUUACAGACUGGGCCCUGAAGACAGGUCGUUUUGAGGUCCUACAGCGUCUCCGCCGCCUCCAGGCGUGUCCCAUCGCUGAACAGUUCUGCGAUAGCUACGUGAUGGAGUGGCCCGAGCUGAAGGAGCUGGUGGCGAAAGCCAUGGCCCCCAAGAACCUGACCCAGCGUCUGAAGGACAGCUUGACAUUCAGCUUCCCCAACGACCCUCAGGACAAUGGGGUGUUGGACCACAUGGUCAGGAUGACAACAUCCAUCCACAGUCCACUAGUCUCCAUGGGCUGCCGGCCACUCUGCCCCACCAGCCCCCCCGAGGUCGGGAAGCGGCGGCUGGCCGUGCCAGAGCUGAUGGAAAAGCACAGCAGCAAGGAACUGGAGGAGAGCUCUGUGUGUCAUAGUAACGGUGUGAAGUGUUCCUUCACGCCGGCACGGUCGUCGUCCUCCCUCUCGCUCGCCAACUGCUGCUCUGACACGGAGCGGAGGGAUAGUGUUCUCUCAACGACUGCAAACAGCGUCCAGAACUUCCUCCCCCAUUCUUUGGCGAAUCGCAACAGUGUCUUCCCGUCCAGCUGCAUCCCCACGAUCACCUUCACUAAGUCUGCGGACAAAACACCCAAGAAGGCGAAGAAGACAAAGAGGCACAAGGGCCACCUGGAGCCUCCAGUCUGGAAGUACAAGUCGGAUAAGCAGGAGAAGAAAAAGGAAAAGGAGAAGUUGGAGGAAGAGAAGGAAGCGCAAGAGAAGGCACUUAAGAAAGCUAAAAUGAAGGUAGCCAAGGCGGCGGCCAAGGCCAAGGAGCCCGUCAAAGCAAGUUAAACUGCCAACUGUCUGUUUGUAAACUGCCACAGAGUGAGGGCACAGAACCCUGGGAGAAUAGAACGGCCUCUGUGCUGCCAUCUCUUACUAACUCCAAUCUGUGAUGAUGUCAUAUAAGAGGGAUGAGGGGACAGCUCCCCUGUGGUGGCCCCUUUCUGGGGCCAUCAUGGAAGCCCAGUUUCAGCCCUGCAGUGGUGUCUCCAAUAACAUGGGUGGAAACUAGCAUCUGAGCCGGACUAAGACUAAUGGAUGGACUGUUCUUUUUCCUCUCGAUUGGGAUAUGCUGUAAGGACAGUGAAAUGGCCUGAACAUUCCUAGACUUUAUUAUUAAUGUAUCUUCCAAGUGGAAUAUGCUUUUUCUAUGUUCAAUUAUUUUGUUGUUUUAUUUUUGGAGAGUCAGUUAUUAAAAAGAUCAGUAGGGCUUCCACGUUCUUCACAAAACUGUGAAGGAACCAGAGCCAAAUUUCUGCUUGCACUUACUGAAAGAGAAGCGGGACAUUACCAUUAGUUAUUCAAAUUAUGAAUAACUCCUGCAAACUCCUAGAAUAACAAUGACCAUAGGAGUUGGCAAGACAGCACAAAGAGAUCUGGGACCAAGCUAGUUAUAUCAGGGAUAACCUCGGUUUUGAUGAUGCUCAGGUUCUUAGAUAAGCCAGAAUGACACUGAGUGACUUUAUUAUUACGUUGCACAAACUUACUCAGAAGUCUUAGCUAAGUUAGCAGAUGCACUGUAGAUACAGUGCAACUGUUAAAGGUAGACUCAGCGAAAUGACGUUGCCACGAGCAGCACCGCAGAUAUUGAGAUGAGCGAGAUGCAAGACUUCGCUCUCACACAGUCACACACAGUAUCUGCGCAUGUACACGGGUUCGCUUCACGCUGUUACAGCGUGGUAGCCACAGGACCAAAACAGUGGAGAAGUUGAGCAUUGUGCUUCAACGCUCUUUGUUGUUGCGGAAAUUGACCCAUUAUGCUGUUUACUUUCUGCAUCUACGUCAUAUCGCUGAGUUAAGUGUGGAGUAGGAAUAAGCUUGUGUCUGUAGCUGCCCUAAUGUGAUGGUUAUUCUUCAAUAACUCUACUAUGACCCUCAUCAAAGAUUUGGAAAGAGACAUAUGGGUAGUGAAUAUUGCCUGUCAAAAGCCACUGAUACAUCAGAAAUGGCUCCUACAAUAUGAAUAGAUACAACAGGCCUAAUGAAUAUCCUAUUACUAAACCAAACAUUAAAACGUUUAA